AUGAAGUGGAUGAAUACGUUGAUAUUUUCCAAGAUAAUCUUGUGUCUUGAGCUAUUUGCACAAUCUGUAGUUCUGGCAACAGAAGCUGUGAGUAAUGCGCAAUACAAAAAGUUUCCACCUUCUGGUAUUAUGAUAGGCUACACCGGACAGAGUUUAUUAGUAAUUAUUGUAGCCAUUUUAUUGAUCCUUCUGACAGUACUUGUGUUCCGAAACGUGGGUCGAGUGAUAUUUGCCACCUCUUGGAAAAUCGCUUUAUCCUGCGUUGGUUUCUCCAUGGCAAGUGUUGCCUUCCGAUCAUUCUCGUCGGGUUUUAUAGUGAGCGAACAAAGUGCUUAUUACAUCAGUUCUUAUAACAUCACCUCAUACUUUAUAGUCAUUGGCGCUGCUGUUUGGAUUCCAUUUGGUUUUUGCAGAAGCGAAGAAUAUUUACCAGAUCCUCCAAUGGAUGCUGAAAGACAUCAGAUACGAAGCACACAUGGUCAGCAAAGAAUGUUUACCCACAGACCUCAUCAAGACGAAGAUAACAAUUCCAUCCUAAAUAAUCAGGGAACACGUGAGGAAUUACCAUCUUAUUUCGAAAUGAUGCGACCUCCAUCUUAUAAAAACAUGAGCCUGCCUGCUGAAACACAUGCUUUAAAUGACAUGAAUGACAGUUCGCCAUCGAAUGAAUCCACUCAUCAGAGUCGUCCCCCUUCCAUCAAUGAUCAGAGAUAUACUUCUGUGGUAGUAGAUGAACACAGAACCAUGCAUACUAAUUAG